CUGUUUCCUUCUCCCAUCCUGCAGGUCUCUUCCUUCCUGGAAACUCAGCACCGAGUUAGCAUUCCCGGGCUGUGGGAUCCCUUCCCCCCUGCCGGCUGCCGUUUGAUAUGUGUCCUGUCAGUCCUGCCCUGGGGCUCGGUGAGGGCUGUGGUGCCUGAUGCCUGUGAUCCCCAUCCCGCGGCGGGUGCGUUCGUUCCACGGCCCCCACACGACCUGCCUGCACUCGGCCUGUGGCCCCGUCAGGACCAGCCACCUGGUGCGCACCAAGUACAACAACUUCGACAUCUAUCUCAAGUCCCGAUGGAUGUACGGCUUCAUCCGGUUCCUGCUGUACUUCAGCUGCAGCCUCUUUACCUCCAUCCUCUGGGUGGCACUCUCCAUCCUGUUUUGCCUUCAGUACCUUGGCAUCCGCAUCUUCCUGCGUUUCCAGUACAAACUCUCCAUCAUCCUCCUCCUCCUGGGGCGGAGGCGUGUGGACUUCAGCCUCAUGAAUGAACUGCUCAUCUAUGGGAUCCAUGUGACCAUGCUGCUGGUGGGGGGCCUGGGCUGGUGUUUCAUGGUAUUUGUGGAUAUGUAAAUAAAACCAAGCGCAUGUGGGCUCGGGAGGUGACUUUUCUUCCACCCCAAAAUGUGUCAGUAGCCUCUUUUCUUUUGCAUAGAAAUUAAUUUCUUGAUCAGUGCUGAUUUUAAU